GCUGGGGGCCCCGGGGACCCCGCUCUUUAACUCUGGUCUCCCCUCCCCCCAUCCCCUUCUUCGCCAGCUUCCUUGGGGGCCGAGCGGGCCCACCGCCCGGGUGGGGGAACGGCCGACUCGGAUCCUUCUGGGCGGCGUCAGCGAGCCACCGCGCAGGCCCGGGCUCGGAUGGGUGGGCCUCCCGCCUCCCGCCCCGCCGCUGCCGCCGCCGCGCGGCCACUUCCUCGUGCACCCGGGCGGGGCGGGCCCGGAGGCCGGGAAGCGGCGCGGCGGGUCCCCUCCCCCGGCCCCGCGGUGCGCCCCCGGGGGUCCCGCUCCUGCCCUCACGCAGGGCUUUCGAGCUCUGUGCCGUUAACACCGGCUUCCGAAAGGGCUGCGUUUCCCUGUGCUGCAGGGUCUGUUAACGAAGCAAACGUUUCAACUACAGGCAGGCGUCCUCGCGGGGGGCGGGGGCCUCUCCCGCCGGCCACCAGUGCCCGCGGGCGGCCGUCCCGGGGGCUCGCUGCGCGCCCGGCCCGCGCCGCCGCGCCCGCGCCCCCCGCGCCCCCGGAAGCCGGCUCCGCGCCUCCGGGACCCCGCCGGGCCGCGCCGGGCGCUCUCUGCCGGCGGAGCGGGCCUGACCGGCAGGAAAGUCCGGGCGGAGGGCAGCGCGGGGGCGGGGAGUGGGAGGGAAGGGGCGGGCCCGGUCCCGGGAGCACCCGGAGCCGCCUCCACCCGGACCUGAGCGGCUCGGCGGACCCGGGCCGCGGCCGGGCGCGCCCUGAGCCUCCGCGGCCCCGCGCCCAGAGCCCGGCCAUGCGGCCGCCGCCGCCGUGGCUGCUGCUGCUGCUGCUGCAUCUCGGCGCCGCGGCUCCCACCGCAGGUCCCUUUCAAGACUCUCCCUCCCAGCUGCCUGCCCCUCAAAACCCGAGGAUCCACCUGUACAACGCGGAGCAGGUUCUGAGCUGGGAGCCGGUGUCCCUGAGCGGCGGCGAGGGGCCGGCGGUGUACCGGGUGCAGUUCAAAUACGCCACCAGCAGUGACUGGUUCGACCUCGCACCGCCGAACUCCCACAAGGCGAACUGCUCCAGGAUCGCCGCGAGGGAGUGCAACUUCGCCCCAGCCCUCUUUGACCCGCUUCACAACAUCUCCCUGCGUGUCCGCGCCGAGCUGCCGGAGCGCGCUUCGGCCUGGGCGGCGGCGCCGUGGUUCCAGCGCUACCUGAACGUGACCGUCGGACCUCCAGAAAACAUCCGGGUGACCCCAGGGCCGGGCUCCCUGACCCUCAGCUUCUCCCCGCCCUUUGACGUGGAGCCCGCCACCACCCACUUCUCCUAUUGUGUCCGGUACUGGACACUGGAGAACGCGGGAGACCCACAGGACAAUGGCUGCCUCAGGAACCCAUUAAUUGAGCUGAAAGAUCUGAAGCCUUUACGAGUGUACUGUUUACAAGUGAGGGCCACGCUGGUUUGGAAUUCGAACAAGAUGUCCACGGAAGGGCUUUUUAGCAACGUGUCUUGUCACGAAACAGCAGCGGAUGCCUCCACCAAGCUCCAGGAAGUCGUCCUGAUCGCCUUGGGGACCUUCCUGUCCCUGACAGCGCUGGCAGGCGCCUGCGUCUUCCUGACCCUGAGGUACAGAGGCCUGAUCAAGCACUGGCUCCACACUCCGCCGGGCGUCCCCGUCCAAAUAGGAGAGUAUCUGCGGGACCCGGAGGACCCCGUCCUGGAGGCCAUGGACCAAGACAGCACGCCCAAGGAGGACGCCUGGGACUCCGUGUCCGUCCUGUCGGCUCCCGAGGAGCAGAAGAUGCUCCAGAGCACGCGGGACCAAGGCCCCGGGAGUCCCCAGCCCGCGGGCGCAGACUCAGAGCUGUGACGCUGCUGCUGCCAUCCUGGCAGGACACUCGGAGCCCGGGACCCUGCGGCCCCACUGCACGACAGCCCCCGGGACUGGCGGGUCCCAUGGGGGCAGCACGUUUGUUCUUUCUUGAAGAAUUUUCUAGUCCUGUGAUUUCCUGAGAUGAUUCUAGAAAAUGAAAAUUUCUUCUGAACACUAAGAAGACGUAAUUAUUUCCUAGCCAGACGGCUCUGGCACCCCUGACGCUCUUUCUGAGUGUCAUCGGUCUUCCCCCUGGGCAGGUCACGAACCCGUCCCGGCCUGUCCCGGCAAGGGACACUGGCGGUCCGUCACAUGUGACUUAAAAUGUGAUCAAUCCUGUAAACACUUUCCUAGUAAUUUAAGGUCGUCUCUUUUUUUUUUUUCAUACCGAAUAAAGAACUGUGGAAGUAA